AGCAAGCACCUACCAUGCAAGGACCAAAAACAGAGCUAUAGCAGAAAGAGUGGGGAACUGGGGAGCUCUCGACUUGAGGGGAGAGAGAGAGAGAAGAAAGGAGAACAAGAAGACGGCGAAAAAGUGCAAAAGGAAAAAACCGUAUUGAUCCAUUUUGGGUUUGGGUUUUGUUUUGUGUUUGUUCACUGAAUGGCCGCCGGAAAGAGCUACCUUGCGAGACCCAGUUACCGAUUUCUUGGUGGGGAAAUAGAGCCGAUUAGAUCAGAGUCCGUUUUCGAAUUCGAUGAAGCAGACAUCUGGAGUACGAAUCACACAGCAUCAUCACCUCAGGAAUUCAAGAAGAUGACGAUACCCAGUUCGAGGGGGUCGAAGAAAUCGACCAAGAGGGUCGACAAUGGAGGGGACUAUCGUCGGUCUGCCGGAGCCACUGGUUCGUCUCUGCCUGUGAACAUACCUGACUGGUCGAAGAUCCUAAAGGAGGAUCGCAGGAGAGGGAUUCCUGGUGAUGUCGAUGAUGACGACGAUGAGGAUGGCGAAGAAGGUAGGGUCCCUCCUCACGAGUUCAUAGCUAAGCAAUCAGCUAGGAAUGGUGUUUCUUCUUUCUCUGUGCAUGAAGGGAUUGGAAGAACUCUUAAGGGCAGGGACUUGAGUAGGGUCAGAAACGCCAUCUGGGAGAAGACUGGAUUCCAGGAUUAGCUCCAUUUUCACAGACACCACACCAGUGACGAUGGAAACUGAAACAAGAAAUGAUCAUUUUAUCUUUCCCUUUUUUUUCCCCAUUUUUUAUGGUCCCUUUUUUGAGUUUUUGGUUCCCAAGCUUUACCUCUAUCUCCUCCUGAUUGGGUUUUGCUGUUGAGGGGGCGGAUCAAGUAUAGAUAAUGGAUACAUAACUCUGACUGGUUUUGAUUUAGAUUGUACCUAGAGAAAACUUCAAUGCUAUUUUCUAUUCUGAAA